AUGCAUGCCUCGAAUUGUGUACCCUACAAAGGCCAGCAACAAACAGCCGAGGGUUAUACCUGGGCGAAUAUUGAUUUUAAUGGACAGGUUUUACCUCGAGAAAUCAAAACCCGAAUUUUUGCUGUUUACGUUUUACUUACGGAUGAUAGCCCUUUAAAAACAGAUAUUAUUGCUGGCGGCAUUCUGAAUGAUCGGCAGUCCGGUUGGGCAGCAACCAAAUGGUUAAAUAUCGGACCAUGUGGAACCGGCAGCGAUUGGCCUGAUAUAGGUUAUACCUUUGUUAUUGGAGAAGAUGGAAAUGUCUACGAAGCCCGAGGGUGGGAUAUUAUUGGGGCUCAUACUUACAAUUAUAAUUAUAAUGGAUUAG